AUCGACUCAGUUCUGACGGCCCUACUGAUCAAGAACUAUGACUAUGGUUUUUUCCGUUUAUCAAAGCACAAUUCUAAUUUUAGAGUACCUCCAUGUGGUCGCUGAUGUGUUAGCUUCGCACAGUCGAGAAUGCUUCGAAGCGGCGAAGAAGGCGUUCGCUCGACUCGACAAAAUGAUAGACAGUCACGCGGGUGCUAGGAAUGUCACAAUACUUUUUAAUUUAUGUGACGACAUUCGACGGUUCAACACCAAAUUAGAUGUAGCUAAUUUUUUCCGAGCACUUGCUGGCGUCAUCUCCAACAUAGUACAGUAUAACACGAAUGAUCCUAAAGCAACUUCCGUAGCUGACAUAUGUGAUAUCCUUACCAACAAGGCUUACGGCGACGAAAUAAACAGACUGGUUAGAGUGACUAAAUUGUCUUAUAAAUCGAAAUGCGUGAAUUUUAAAUAUAGGGAUACUGUGAACUACGCGCGCAACGUAUUUGUAUCACCCGAUUCACCAGCACGACAAUGGUGGUACCAGACUUGUACGGAAUUUGGUUGGUUCCAUACGACGGGCCAAAAGGAAGCAGUAUUCGGCACUAGAGUACCCGUCGACUUCCAUAUAUCCCUUUGCGAAGAUGUAUUUGGGCCGCAAUUCAACUUAAACUACAUGAGUGGUCAAAUUGAGAAAACGAACACACAUUUUGGUGGACGCGACAUCAAUGUACGAAGGGUGGUUUUCGUUCAAGGGUCUUCUGAUCCUUGGUACCCCUUGGGGCUUACGGCAACUACCAAUCCAAAGUCCCCAGUUAUUUUUAUCAAUGGCACAUCUCACUGUGCAACCAUGUAUGGAACCUCUAAAAACGACUUACCUCAAGUAACUGCAGCUAGGGAGGAAAUUGACAGGCUGAUAGGAAUGUGGUUAGGGCUAAAAAUCAGGACUCAAGAAACUCUCCAAAAUGACGCCACUAACUCCACUUUAAACGUACUGUUGUUAGUUACAUGUAAUUUUGUAAUAUACAAACUUUAAUUAUUGAUUGGUUGAUCUUAAAAGUUUAUUCAAAAUGCAAUAAAUGUAGAAAAAU